AUGAACGUGUUUAGAGGAUUAGUAUCUAUUCCUAUUCCUCGUAUAUCAUGUGCGCCACAGAUAUAUUCAAUAAUUAGAUUUAGACAAUUAUCAACAACAUUACCAUUAUCAACCAAAAGAACUUAUGAUAAAUUUUAUAAAAUCACCAAACAAUUACAACCAAUUGAUAAGACUGUUUAUGAAAUUGGCCAAGAACGUCCUGAUCAUAUACGUAUUCCUAAAGAUUUACCUAAAUUUCCAAAAUAUGAAUAUGAACCACGUUUUUUUAAAAGACAAAAUCGUGGAUUAUAUGGUGGAUUACAACGUAAACGUUCCAAAUCAUGUUCUGAAUAUUUGAAUAAAACAUUAAGAGUCCAUAGACCAAAUGUUCAAUGGACCAAAUUAUGGUCAGAAACUUUAAAUAAGAGAUUACGUUUACGAGUGGCAACAAGAGUCUUAAAAACAAUAUCUAAAGAAGGAGGAUUAGAUCAAUAUUUAUUGAAAAGUACUCCAGCAAGAGUUAAAACCAUGGGGUUAAAAGCUUGGCAAUUAAGAUACAGAAUAUUACAAGAACGUGAACAAGAUAAAAGAGGAAAUAUCACUCUACUGGAUGGUACAACUAAGAAAAUCCAAUAUAUUAAUUCUGAUGGGUUGAAAUUUCAUGCUACUAAAGAUGCUUUGUUAUCUGAAUUAUAUGAAGCUGUCCAAAGGGAUUCUUAUUAUCCAAUCAAACCAUUCCAUUUUGAAAGAGACUAUAGUUGGUGGUCUUAUGAACAAAUUGUUAAGAAAUUGGAACAAUACAAUUGGGAUUUCACAGGAUUGGCCACCAAAUAA